AUGCCUAACCAGGUCACCAAAGACGAUGCCUCUCGCAUCCAGAGCACCCAGGACAAGGGCGGAAAGGACAUGUCGUCCGGCGGCUUCGCCGCCAGAGCCCAGGGCGCGGGCGACAGAAACGCCAAUGCCGGGCUCGGUGGCCAGGGCGGCGGUCGGGGAGGUCAGCAGACUGGUGCGAAGAAGUAG